AUGUUCGUCGCGGAGGACACUGAAUUCCGCGUGUACAAGGUCCCGCUUUCCAAACACUCCGCGGUGUUCAAAGACAUGUUUUCGCUUCCCCAGCCUGCUGCGGCCUCUGCCGAUGAGCCGCCGGUGGUUUACCUCACCGAGCGACCCAAAUGUUUCCGGUAUCUACUCAGGCAGCUGAUAUCUCUUGAGCAGCUUGUCCGGCAGGUUGCCGACUAUCUCGCGUCGCAAUAUCCUACCACAUACGAGGCGUAUGCUGCAAUUACCGUGGAGGAUCAUAUAACGGGAUCUGAUCCGUCGAUACACCACAUCGCUGUCGUGAACCGAGCGACACUGAGCGACACGCCGUCUCUCCUCCCGUCGGCGCUGUUCGCUUGCUGCAGUAUUCCCCCCAACCGCCUAGUGCAAGAGCAGCUGUCCCUGGACGAUCUUACUCGCGUACUCGUGGGUCGCGCGGAGCUAACCAAGCUCGAUGCGGAGGCCGCUGUCGCUAUCUUCCAGCCUUCGUCGUCGCCCGACUGCCGCAAAGGCCGGUCGCCGAGCUGCGGGGAGCUGUUUCUUACGGCAGUGACCCUUCUCGGAAGCAAAAUCGGUCUGAAAUUGUUUGGGCCGAGUUGGGAGCUGUCAUGGGUGGACUAUGCGAACGAUCGGGGACUCUUUUUUUGUCCGGCGUGCGAGAAGAUGAUCGCGAGGAGGGAGGAUGAGAAGCGAAAAGAGAUAUGGAAGCGUCUUCCGUCCAUCCUUGGUCUCGAGGCAGAUGGAUGA